UUAAAUUGUACCGAAAAUUUAAAUAAUUACGAUGAUUUAUUACAACAUUUCACAAAUUCAAUGCGAAUUAUUGAUCAUUGCAACGACCUUAAAAAGCGAAACUCUGAUUUCGUUAGCAUUUCGGGGAAACUGCAAGAGGAUGUUGAAAAUCUACGAAAGUCUGAGAAAAACCUUACUGAUCAGUUAUGCGCGAUGUGCGCAAGGAACGAGAAGAACGAUCGUAUUAGUAAUUUGUACGGACAACUAAAAGAGAGUUAUUCUAAUCUGGAAAAGAGGUACAGUGAGUUGAUGGAAACGAAAGAGCUCCUACAAGAAGAGCAUGCCUUACAAUUGACCAAGCUAAAAGAUCGCUACGAGCAGCAGUACCGUUUAACUGAAGGGGAUUUUAAACAACGGUUGGGGUCCAUUAAAGCCCAAGCUGAAUGUGAACGAAAGUUAUUUCUUGAAAGAGAGAGUCAGCUGUAUAACGAAUUACAGUUGGCACAAGCAUCCACUGCUUUACAGGUUGACGAAUCGGAAGGUAAAGUUGAGUCGUUAAAGUUACAACUGCGUGACACCCUCAACUCCCACAGCACAUUACGUCAAGAUUAUUUAACUUUGAAAACACACAGCAAAUACGAAUUGGAGAAUGCUAAAAAGUUUAUAAGUGACUUGGAGCACAAGUUGCGCAUAACCGAACAGCAACUGCGAAUCAAUCAAGAGCAGCUGCUUACUCUCAACACAAAAUCUUCGGAGCCUGUUCAUACGGUCAACCAAAAUUAUCCACCAACCACCACAACAAAUAAAUAUAGCGCAUUAAAUAUUAAUACCUCAAGUGCGGGCUUCAAAAAUCACCUGCCUGACAAAUUCGAAGCAUCCGACACUUAUGUAAAUAAUAUUAGAGGUGUGACAAAGGCGGUAGAUCAUAUCGCAAAGGAGACCAAGAAAAGUUACUUGCCAGCCCUCAAGCCGUGCUCCAAACCGGGUCAGAAGCCACAGGUGCCCAAGAAACGUAAACUCUACACGCCCGGAACAGUCGAUCUGGAUGAUUUCACAGAGAUGCCGUGACUGUGUCGUGGACUAAUAAUUACAGACCGUGAACUGAUUUUUAUAGUUAUUGUAUUUAAAAAUCUAUUGUGGUAUUAUAAAUAAAUGUUUAUAUUCUCAA